AUGAUCGCCAAGUAUGCCGCGGCGCUUUUGGCCACCCUCUCGGCUCCUGUGUUUGCUGGUCCCGUCUAUCGGCUCGUGGAUGAGCUCGACCAGGAUUCUUACCAGCAGGCACAGCAGCGGGAUGAUACGGCCACACGAAUGCUGUCGAAUAUCAACAUCAAGACCUCCAAAGGGAAAUGUCUCUUUGUCGAUCAGCUUUCCGGCGACUCUGCCGCCAACCUCACCCCUAUCCAAGUGGCAGGUUGUGGUGCUACAGAUGGUCAGGGCUUUGAUAUCAUUACCCAAGGAAAGCAUAAUGAUGCCGCAAACUCCAUCUUGAUUGUCAGCACCUUGACACAAGCAUGCUUUACAUUUGACCCUACCCAGACCACAGGGAAGCAGGUCAUGCUAUUCUCAUGUGGUGGCGUUGCAGAUGGCAGUGGCAAUGUAACGACAUCGCAACUAUUUCCUGGCGAUGGAAGUGCUGGCUCCUUGACGCUGGCCCCGGAGAACCAAGCAACCUCAUGUUUGACCGUCAAAGGAAAUAGCGUGGAAAUUGCGGAUUGCGAGGAUGGAAACGAGGCGCAAACAUUCAUCCUUGAUGACGGCACAGCUUCCGAGGCUGGCAACGAAAAGGUCGACGCACCCGCUACCACGACAGCAGCCAGCUCAGCUAACGCCAUUGCGACAUCGCCUGGCGAACAGUUAAUCACUGUGACUUGUCAGGCUGUAACAGUGACACAACCACCAGUCACCGUGACAGCGACAGAAUCUGUGACCGUUACCGUCACGGAAGCAUCGACAUCUCCAGAUUCAACGACUGAUACUACGAGUACAACCACUCUUUUCAUCACCGUUGACCCGAUAUCGAGCACUAAUUCGGCCGAGUCAUUUUCAUCAACUACCACGAUUUUUGUUACCAUUCCCUUCGUUGAAGUGGUUACCCCAUCAUCAGCUGUGCCAACUGCAUCAUCCGCGCCAUCGUCAAAAGCCCCGUCAGACCCCAAUACGAUCCCUCAGAUAUCCAUCAACCCCAGCACUACAGUUGUGGUUACUGGCGCCACCACGGCGCCAACAGUCUCAUCCUCGGCCGCAGUAGUUGCAACUACUGCGUCAUCCUCGAAAGCUCCCUCGGAUCCAAAUACGAUACCCCAGAUAUCCAUCAACCCUAGCACAACAGUCGUAGUUCAAUGA